AUGUCUCGCGGCGGCAACACCCUUUACGUUACCGGCUUCAGCCACGGCACCCGCGCUCGCGAUCUCGCCUACGAGUUCGAACGGCUCGGUGUCGCUCCAGAUCAGCCCCCGUCGUCUCGUCGUGCCUUCGUCUUCGUCGCAACCGCCUACCCGCCCCAACUUGUCCCUCCCCAUGCUCUCUCCCACCUCUUUCACGUCGGUCGUCGCUUCGCCUUCGUCGAGUACGAGGAUCGACGGGACGCCGAUGAUGCUUACUAUGAGAUGCAUAACAAGCGUAUCGGUCGUGACGAUAUUUUGAAAAUUGAGUGGGCCAGAACUCCUCCUUCAGCAUCAUGGCGAUUUGAGUCAGGUCGUGACCGUGACCGUCGCGGUGGUGGUGGCGGCAGCGGCAGUGGCAGUGGCGGCGGCCGAUCUCCUCGUCGUGGCCGGUCCCCGUCUCCUCGACGGAGCACGCGAGACUACUCUCCGCGCAAGGAUGACCGCCGUGACCGUGACCGCGACUACGACCGCGACAGCCGUCGGGAUCGCGACCGCUCUCGCAGCCCUGAUACUCGCGACCGCGAUCGUGAUGCUAAGGACGACCGUGAUGAUCGUGACCGCCGAGAAAAUGGGACCAACGGCGAUGACAGAAAAGGCGACGACAGCCCUCCUCCUGCUCGCGACGACGAUCUUGAUGUGGCUGAGUAG